AUGACCACUGGCCUCGCGAGCACACCAACCGACUCGGCUGACUUCCGUCUUCCCCUGGAUGUCAAGCCAACGCAUUAUGAUGUGACUAUAAAGACUGACCUGGAGAACUCAAUAUUCGAAGGCGUGGUAAAGAUUGACCUUGAUGUCAAGAACGAAACAUCUACCAUCGUCUUCAACUCAGCCGAUCUGAAGUUGAACGAUGCGGCAUUAUAUUCCGAUCAACUCAAGAUAAAGCAGGUCGAUCCUUCUCCGUCUUUCGAUGACAAGGCGGAACGUUGUAUACUUUCCUUUUCGACCCCUGUGCCCGCCGGAUCAAAGGCAACACUGUCCAUUGGCUUCUCCGGAGAACUGACCGGAGCCAUGAUGGGGUAUUACAAGAGCUCGUUCGAGCAAGAUGGAACAAAGAAGUACUAUACACUGACCCAGUUCGAACCCACCGCCGCGAGACGUGCCUUCCCGUGUUGGGAUGAACCGCUUCUCAAGGCCACCUUUGCGGUCACUAUGAUAUCACAUCCUGACACGGUCAAUCUCAGCAACAUGCCUAUUACAUCGGAGGAAAUUUACCAACCCCAAACGACCAAAGUAGAGGAUCCCUCAUUAGAGGCGCUCUUUUCGGCGUUGACGACUCAAGAUAGCCCCGAAGCGCAGUGGAAGAUUUCCAAGUUCCAGACUACACCACCAAUGUCUACUUAUCUGGUUGCAUAUGCCAAUGGACGUUUUGCACACCUGGAAAGCUCUUAUAAGAGUCCUCUUAGUGGGAAAACCCGUCCCUUGCGCAUCUACUCUACUCCUGAUGUGAUACAUCAGGCUCAGUAUGCCCUCGAUAUCAAAGCAAAAGUUCUCCCAAUCUAUGAGGAGAUUUUUGAUAUCGAAUACCCUCUCCCUAAGCUGGAUACUCUAGUGGCUCAUGAUUUUGACGCAGGUGCUAUGGAGAACUGGGGCCUCAUCACUGGACGUACUAGCGCCUUCCUGCUUGACCCUAAGACCGCAGACGUGGCUGCAAAGAAACGUGUCACCGUCUUUCAGUCGCACGAAAUCGCCCACAUGUGGUUUGGUGAUAUCACAACCAUGGAAUGGUGGGACUAUCUGUACUUAAACGAAGGUUUUGCAACCCUGAUGGGUGAAGUUAUCAUUGUUGGUAUUGUGUACCCGGAAUGGAAGGUCGACAGCUCAUUCAUAUCCGAGCAUUUGAAUGAUGCGCUGGAUCUUGAUGCCAAAUUAUCUUCUCAUCCGAUCGAAGUGCAUUGUCCUGAUGCCAAUCAGAUUAACCAGAUUUUCGACUCCCUUUCCUAUGCCAAAGCAGGCUCUGUUUUGCGCAUGCUAUCCAACUUUGUUGGCGAGGAGCGCUUCUUGAAGGGUGUUUCAAUCUACCUCAAGAAGCAUCUAUAUGGAAACACUGUCACCAAAGACCUGUGGCAGGGCAUCUCAGAGUCCACUGGGGUAGAUGUGCCGAGGAUCAUGGAUAACUGGAUUUCAAAGGCAAGCAUGACAAUCGGCUUCCCUGUCAUCACUGUCACUGAGGGUAAAAAUGGUAUCCAUGUCCGCCAGGAUCGUUUCCUGGAGUCUGGACCUGCAGAAGAAAAGGACAAUGAGACGAUAUGGAACGUGCCUUUGGCCCUGCUGACAGCUACUAACGAUAAAGUCAACAUUGAUAAGUCCGUCGUUCUUGACACUAGGGAGAAAACACUCGCCAUUGAUACCUCGAAGCCUUUCAAGCUCAACGCGGGGACUUAUGGUGUUUACCGCGUGUUGUACUCUGAUGAGAGGUUCGCAGCGAUUGCUAAGGAGGCUGCCAAGGGCGAUACUGUGUUCUCGCUGAAUGAUCGCAUUGGCCUUGUGCACGAUAUCAUGACAUUGUCCAAGGCUGGGUUUUGUAAAGUUAGCAGUGCGUUGACCAUCGUCGACAUUUUACAUGACGAAACGGAGUUCCUUGUAUGGGACAGUAUUGCUCGGAAUAUCACCACUUUGGUGUCAACUUGGUGGGAGCACGAGGUUAUCGUCAACGAUCUAAAUGUUUUCCGCCGGGAAUUGUUUGCGCCCAUCGUCAAACGCCUUGGCUAUGAAUACUCUCCUUCCGAGUCUGUGGAUAUCUCACAACUGCGCACCCGCGCUAUCGGACAGGCGGCUGUCGCUGGGGAUCCUGCUGUCGUGGAAGAGCUCAAGACCUGGUUUGCGGAAUAUAUGAGAACGCAGGAUGAUUCGGCGAUACCUGGCGAUUUGUUCAGGACGACUAUUCUCACUGCUGUGAAACAUGGAGGUCGCGAAGAGUAUGAGUUUGCUAAGGCAUUGUAUGAGAACCCAACUACGCCUCCGUCGAGAAGUAUCUCUGCCAUAGUGGCGAUGUGCGCCAGCCAAGACGAGGCUUGUAUCGAGGACACGUACACGUACAUCAUGUCAAAAGCGCGGACUCAAGAUAUUAUAUAUUUCAUCAACGGCUUCCAGACGAACUUCCGCACCAGGCGCAGCUGUGCGCAGUUCUUCCAAGACAAUUACGUGGAGUUGGCUAAGCGGUUCGAGGGGAACUUUUCGUUCAAGUAUAUUGUUUCGGCAACUUUUGAGAAUUUGACCAAGGAGGAAGACUACCAGAGGACCGUAGACUUUUUCAAGGACAAGGACAUAUCCCGGUAUAACCUUGCCUUGUCGCAGACUCUAGAGUCGUUGCGUGCCUCAAGGGCGUGGAUCGAGCGGUCCACGACUGAUAUUGCGGAAUGGCUUGGCAAAUGGAAAGGGGAUCGCUGA